AUGGCUCACAGACGUUCUGAGCAUAAAGGAGAAAAACCUCUAAAAUGUGAAGAGUGCGGGAAAGCUUUCGCAACAGCUAAAGCAAGACUGGCGCAUCAAUCUAGUCACAAUGGAAACAAGCAGUUUAACUGCCCAAGAUGUGACAAAACCUUCCUGAGCAAGCACAUGCUAAGUACACACAUCCUGAAUGAACACCAGGGAACGCAACCCUUCGGUUGUGACGUCUGUGGUAAAAGAUUCAAGCUGAAGAAUGGACUGAUCUCCCAUCAGCGGAUUCACUCAGGAGCGCGGCCGUAUCGCUGCGAGGAAUGUGGUAAGACCUUCAUCGCUAAAAGCACGUUUAACGUCCAUCAGCGGGUUCACACGGGUGAGAAGGCGUUUAGCUGUGAAACAUGCGGCAGGAGCUUUAGCCUAGCUGCUUGUCUGUCCAGACAUCAGCAGAGCCACAAGGAUUUCAAAUCCUUCAACUGUGACGUCUGCAAGAAGACUUUCGCCCAGGCUAGUCACCUUCGUAUUCAUCAACGCGUGCAUGCUAGCGAGAAAACGUCGCAUGACUGUGAAACCUGCCAGAAAAGUUUUAGUUGUAACCGGGCUCUCAAGCUGCAUGAGAAGAUUCACAUAAACAAGCGAGCAUUUUCCUGCUCCGUCUGUGCCAAGUCGUUUGGUUCGGAUGCGUAUCUAAGAAGGCACCAGCAGCUCCAUUUAGGAGUGAAUCUGCACCACUGUGACGAGUGCGGCAAGAGUUUCGUCACAGCCGGCCAUCUCCACUCACACCUGCAGGUCCACCCACACUUGAGACCUUUCACCUGCGCCGAAUGUGGACGGAAAUGCCGCACCCUCGGCGAUCUCGCGCACCACCGACGCGUCCAUACAGAGGACAGCUUCCGCUGUGGGGUGUGUGAGAAGCGGUUCGUGACGAGGAAAAGCUUGUCCUUACACCACCGCGUGCACAGCGGCGAGAAACCGUACUCCUGCAGCGAGUGCGGAAAGACUUUCGCUCACUUGUCCAGUGUCCUCAGACACGCCAGCGUACACACCGGAGAGAAACCCUUCGGGUGCAACGAGUGUGGGAAGUGUUUCCGCCUGGCCUUUAGUCUCAGAGCUCACGCGCAGACGCACGUGAACGAGCAAGAGCGCACGUGCACUGAAUGCGGGAGCGGUUUCUCACGAAUGAAGACUUUACUGAGCCACAAGUGUGCGAAGACGCAAUCCGAGAAGUCCAAAGAGAAGAGGGAGGAAAAAAAAAAGCCACGAAAAGACAUAAGAACGUCUCCGAAGACAGGGUUUAAGUUCCGCAUCCCGGCGUAA